AUGGUGAUCAAGAAAUACGAACUCGAGGCCGCGCUGCAUGCUGAAAAGCAGCAGAUCAACAGUGGUCAUUUGAAAGACGACAAUCCGCUCGACACGAGCGACGAGUUUCGUAUCUUCUGUGAAGCGUGCAGAAGGGGUGACCUGAAAGUAUGCCAGGAACAGAUCUCUGCUGGUGUCAACAUCAACGCGAGAGACAAAUAUGAUUACACACCAUUGAUCCUGGCCAGUUUGUGCGGCCACUACGAAGUGUGCCAACACCUUCUCGAGUCCGGAGCUCUGUGUGAGCGCGAUACCUUCCAAGGUGAACGCUGUUUGUACAACGCCCUGAACGAUCGCAUUCGCAACCUGCUACUACAAUAUGACUAUUCAAAGUCGACUGAUCCUCUGCAACCGCUCGCUGCUCAUACGACAUCCUUACUUUCACGAGAAGAGCCAGCCACAACCGACAUCACUGUCGCAACUUACGAUCGAGACUUUGCCUUGCACAAGUUCAUUCUUGCUGCUCGCUCUCCCUACUUUGCCGAGAAGCUGGCCCUCCAACCAGAUACCACUUCCUGGAAGCUCCCUCCGAAAAUACCUUCGCAGUCCUUCAAUUCCGUCGUCCGCUAUUUGUACUUAGGUGAGGCCUCGGCCGAUCUGAGUGACGAUGAGGAAGAGCAAAAAGCAAUCCUUGCGGGCAUCGACAAGUUAGGCAAACAACUGGAGGUUCCAACACUGUUUGAGAGCAUCAUUGAUGCUGGUGACAGACGGGCGGCGAGACAGCGCAGAACAGAAGAGAUGGCACGUGGUCGCGACCAGUUUGCGACGUGGUUUCGGGCGAACGUCCUGCGGUACAAGGUCCAUACCAACACUGAGAAGGCCGAUCAAGUCAAAUGGGACAAGAACAAUGCGAUCUUCGCCGAUGUCUUGCUUAGAGCUGACGAGCCUGAGGAAGACACCGAGGAUGCACCUCAGCAGGAGCAGAAUAAGCUUCGCAAUACCGAUGGUCCUCUGCAUGGCAUACCCGUCGGAAACUUCUCUUCGGAGCCAGUCGCAGCGACAACCCGCCCUCGUAAAUCUGUACUUUUCCCUGCACAUCGCGCCAUGUUGUUGCGAUCGGAGUUCUUCGCAGCCAUGUUUUCGUCUAGCUUCAGGGAAGCGCAGGAUUCUCCUCAUCUACACAUCGUUCCCAUCGACUGUUCGCCUCAGGUCCUGGAGAUUGUCCUGACCUACCUUUAUACCGAAAAGGCGGACUUCCCUCUAGAGGUAGCCGUUGACGUUCUCUUCGCUGCCGAUCUUUUGUUCAUUGAGAAGCUGAAGCAACGUGCCGCUGUCAUCAUAUCCACGUUAGGCAAUGGAGGUGCUUCCGUCGUUGAAUCUGAAAAUCCACGAGGAGAAACAGAUGUCGAAGACGCGGUAGACAUCUACGACGUCAUCCGUGCAGGAUGGGACACUCGUGUUCACCGCCUUGAAGAGUUCGGUGCUCGCUACAUUGCGUAUCGCUUGGAACGAUUCAUUGAUGAUCCAGACUUUGCCGAGCUGGUCAAGGAGAGUGCGUCCAGGAUUCAGGGACGUCAAGAAACUGAUACUGUCGAACUGAUUGAUGAUAUUCGCUAUUAUCUGUCUGAUCGUUUCCGCCUGAGAAUGGAAGACUCGGGUAUAGAACAAAUGACGGAAGAAAUGGAGAAUCUCGACCCUGGCACGCUACCAGGCAAGGAUGUUUUCGAGCCAAGCGAAGUCAUGUUCGCAGAAGACGAGGGUAUUGAUGUCCGCUCAGGCACCACACCGCCGCAAGACUUGCUCGAACAUGAUAAUCUAGUAAUCCGUACACUGGAUGGCGAGAUUGCUGGUGAUGAGUUUGCGCAAGACGCAAUCAACUACCAGAUCCUUCUUGGUAAGAUCGAUACACUUCUGGAUAAUCUCACUCUAGAUGCCUAG